UGACGGCAGAGUGUCAGUCUUCUGCUUCCGCUACCGGAGCAGAGCUAUCGCUACCAAACAAGAAUGUUGACCCGACUGUCACGGCUCGGGCCCGCUCUGCCCCGCUUACUGUGUAAAGCACCUGCACGGUUCGUCUCACAGUCCAAGUCCAGUGGUGCCGGCGGGGCCAGUGCCGUGACACAGGUUCACAAAGGACUGGACCCACACGGCCACGGUGAGGUCAGCCAGUACGUCAAGAAUCCCGAGUACCAUGGCUUCUCCAGUGACCCUGUGGUGGAUGAGUGGAACAUGCGCUUGGGCUUCUUCUUUGGCAUCUCGGUGGCUCUUGUUAUUGGAGGAACGUUCAUCUACUAUCUACCAGACCAUAAAAUGAAAAAGUGGGCCAAAAGGGAGGCGGAGCGUGUGAUCGUGCAGAGAGAGCGUGAUGGUCUUCCCCUGAUUGAUGAGAACUAUUAUGACCCAGGCACCAUCAUUUUGCCUUCGGCUCAAGAAGAAUAGACGUGUGGCGUAAUAUUGACUGUAAAUGAAGACUAUUGUUUCACUCUUAUAGAAUAAAUAAUGUACAUGUC